GCUCACCCCUAGAAACACUUCAUUUUUAAUCAUUUCUUCAAAAUUCAUCUAAAUUGUACUGUAUAUUGAAUGCGGGGACUCUCCAAUUCCUCUUGCCGGCUAGGUAUUAUUGUAUCACCCUUGGGUUAGACAGCUUCGCCGGCCUCAUCUUUUUCACUUGUUGUGAGGAGGUAAAUACUGUAGUUUGGGUAUGGCUAUGGCUAUGGCGGUGGCCCCACCACCACCAUCCGCGCUCACAAACCACCCGAGGAUAGUGUCGCCAACCACCACUCCGAACCGACUUUCACUUCCCGCGAUCCCUUACGCCUCGAGAGCGACGUCGUUCGGCAUAGCGCGAGCAUCAGAUCCAAAAAGAGAAGCUCCGGAUCCCAAAUCGGGUGGCCGAAACCCUUCCUUUGUCUCCCUGCAGGAGGAUUUGGAGUAUUUGGUGAAAUUGGGGGUCUGGUCGGCGGCUGGAGCGGCGGCCAUCAAGUAUGGAAGCAUAAUGAUUCCGCAGAUGACAAAACCCAAUUUAGCAGAGGCAAUCUCCAUCAUAACUGCUCCUGUUUUUGUUGCUCUUGUGCUGCUGAUCAACCAGAGUCGAAUCCAGUCGAGUGAAGAAGAAGAUCUUAGCUAAAUUAAUGUUGUCAUUCUUGAGGGAAGGAGACUACUUAAAAUCCAAUUACUGAGCCGACUGUACCGUGCGCUUCUCGCCAUAGCAGAAGCUUAGCACCAGACCUUUGCACAGGAAGUCGCAGACGUUUUCGGCCGGAUUUCGCACAUGACUUCGCAUCUCGCUUAUUCAAUCUCGUUAGGCUUCUUCGACCUGAUUUCAAACCAGCAGCUCGUAGUCAACCCUUCUCCAUCCAACUUACCUACUCACUUCUUUUCCAUCUGUAUUUCUUUCCGGCGCAGUUGACGGUGUAGUUUCACUGGUUGAGCAUGUGAUUUUAGGAGACAAGGGAAGUCUACUUCGUUGAAUUGGUCAGUAGCGGUGGAUGCUGGAUUUGUAGUGGUGGGAUGGAAUAUGGCCAAAUCUACGGCGGGAGAGGCCAACUCUGCAAUGAUGACGGUCGGGUUUGCGUUGGUGGCGGCCAAAUUUGCAGCGGCAACCGGUUCUGUGACCAGUGGCCGACAACCGGCCUCGGUCCGGCGUUCUGUUGGCGGGUAGUAGGCUUUACUAGACUUCAAGGAUAUUUAUGUCAAACUACAAAUAAUAGGAGUAACUCUUAUUUGGGAAAAUUUUGAAAUGUUCUCCUAUUUCUGCUAUUAAGAAUUUAUUUCCUGGUUAAUCCCCCUGUUUUUAUUCGUAUGAUGUUUUGGCUUGUUUCAACUUUCAAUAUAUCAAGACAAUUAAGACCGAU